AUGAAGAUCGGACGCGUGGCGAGGUACAAAGGAGGCCACACGGGCACACCCACAAAUCACAUGGCCGUGCAGCUCAUAUUUCUGGCCGUGUGUGUAUUGCCGAGAGCAAACACGGCCUGCCCUGACAUUUCACACGGCCGUGUGACAAAGUGCUAUGGCCGUGUGACUUUUGCCGUGAGCAGACACGGGCAGAUGGAAAUCAAACACGGCCGUGCCAUCCUGGCCGUGUGA